UGCGACGGGCUACUCCAGCAGGCAAGGCUGCUCGGCGACACCGAGCUCGAGGCAAAGCUCACGGAGGUGGCGGCACAGCUGGCACACGCACAGCAGGAGCUGCAGGCGAAGGCCGCGCAGGCCCAGCACCCCCCCCCUGCGGCGCCCGCUGGCACCGCCCCAUCUGGCGCGCGGGCCUCCCUUCGGGAUGCGGCCUCGCAGCAGCGGGGGCAGCGGGUGCAGGGCAGCAUGCGCCGCCUGGUGCAGGUCCUGUGGGUGGUGCUGACCAUGAUGUGCGUGCCCCAGAAGCUGCUCGAAGCUUGUGCCAGUGCAGUCGGCGACGACGAUGACAUGGACCUCGACGAGGGCGCAAAGCGGGCUGUCAAGCAGCGGGCCAUCGAGCUGUUCGGCCAGGCGCUCAAGAAGAUGCGCUCCACCUACUACGUCCCGCCGCAAUUGGGGUAA